GACAUCGUUCGUCCCAUACAAUCUUCUUUGUUGCCGCCAUGUCGGCACAAAGCUCUACCACUAUCGCCAAUAUCAUCGGCAGCGAUGGUUCUCAGUAGCCUCUGGCUUGUCCUAAGGGCUUAGUGGCGGCCUGCCUUCUCCAUCUCCACCAAAAUAUCCAGCAUUUCCUUCCCCGGAUUGACUACUGGCCAACGGCGCUUCAAGGCUGUGUUCUCGGGCUGCACUCGUGGAUUUGAGGCGCUUUGUGUCUGCCGCCGGAAUCUCUUCUCAGCCAUGGACAACUACCCUCACUUGACGCUGGUAAAAGAUGUGAUGUUCACAGAGCUAUUUCGGGCCUUCCAUCCGGGUUCAACAAACGUCACCCUUGAGAGUGAAAAGGGAUUUGCUGCGGGGGAUUCUCCGAGAUUAGGAUCCCUCGAGCAUGGACCGCAUCUUCCGCCCUGCGAAGCCCUCAUCUCCACAGCUCGAGGAGGUUGGAGCCAAAGCCGGAUUUUGGAGCGAGGAUUUGAAGCAAUUCUCAAAGCCUCCGAAAGUAUCCGAAAAUAAAGGAUCAACAUCCGAGGCCAAGGAGAAAAGAGCCAAAGUGAUCGCCGAGGAUGAAUCAAAACGCGGCGAAGCUCGCAAGAAAGGAGAGCUUGCGUAUCUCACUGUUACUGUUAAAGACGCAAAAGGGUCAAUCAGGAGCAUUAACAAGGUCAGAUUAGAGCCUAGUUGGGACAUAGACAGAGCCGAAUUCGAAGCCAAACGGGCCUAUGACAGUUACUAG